GAACGCACGAGAGAACAGCGCAGGAGGAGAGAGUUCAGUUUCACCUCUAUAUAAGAAAUCCAAAUCUCCACAUCGCCUUGUCACUUGUGAACUCUUGAGUCUCGAGAUAGAUAUACGUGGUGAGAGAAGGAGAUCGAUAGAUGGGUGUGGAGGUGGUCCAAGAGGAGGCAAUGUCGUCGAUGCCGCCAUUGAUGUCGCUGAACCAUGUGUCAUUCAUGUGCCGAUCGGUAAGCCAGUCGGUGAAGUUCUACCAGGAGGUGCUCGGCUUUGUCAGCAUCAAGAGGCCUUCUUCCUUCAGCUUCAAAGGCGCUUGGUUGUUCAACUACGGAAUUGGCAUUCAUUUGCUGCAGUGCAACACCUCGGAGGAGAACCUCCCCAAGAGAAAGGGAGUGAUCAACCCCAAGGACAACCACAUCUCCUUCCAGUGCUCCAACAUGAAGCUCUUGAUGCUGAAGCUGAAGAAGAUGGGCGUGGAGUACGUGACCGCCAAGGUGGAGGAGGAAGGCAUUCAGGUUGACCAGCUCUUCUUCCACGACCCAGAUGGAAACAUGAUCGAGAUCUGCAACUGCGACAACCUCCCCGUACUCCCCCUCUCGCCAUGCCGUCUCAGACGAUAAACAACCUUCCCUCCUCCUCCUCCUCCUCCACAACACAACCAGUCCAUCUUCUUCGUCUUCUUCUUCUCUUUUCACUAUCAUUCAUGUUACUUCACUCGCUGUGGAUGGAUGACUCGGCGUUUUUAAUUACUAGUGUAUUUUGUACCUGCAAAGUCUGCAAUAAAGCAUUACAUGUCUUUACUACAGCG